GUGAAACCUGAGGUCAGUGAGCCUGCAUUGUAUCCACGACACCCACUUCCAUUGACUUCCAUUCCUUCUUUCGACAAUCCUGCUCCUCUCCUCUCCACGUCCAGCCUCUGACAGCCAGCCUUUGUGAUUUUCACACAUCUGGUCUCACCCGGGAUACGCAACACAGCCGCCUGAAAAUGGAUGAGGACGGAAGCAGCAACCGGGAGGCCAACCUCAAGGAGGCAGUCCGUUUCUGGCGGGCGUGGAAGACGGUGCACCAGAUGUGCAAGGACCGGGGAUACGAGCUCACCGACGAGGAAGUCAACCCCUCCCUCGAGAAGUUCAAGGACGAGUACACGAACCACGAUGGCAGCGUUAACCGCGCACGCCUCCAGUUCUCCGCCCGCCCGAGCGAGGAGAUGAUCAGGAAAUGCACAGCGCCGGCGACGCCGUCGAACCCGAACCCCGAGGCCGAGUGCGGCGAGAUCUACGUCGAGUUCAUGGCCGAGAACAACAUGGGCAUCAAGGAGAUCAAGAAGUUCGUGCAGACCGUGUCGGCGGGCAACUUCCGCGCCGGUAUUAUGGUCACCGUGGGCGCGCUGUCCCCCUCCGCGCGCAGGGCCGUCGGCGCCACCUCCGCCUACACCCAGGUCGAGUGCUUCCUGCUCGAGGACCUGCUCGUCAACAUCACCCACCACGACCUCGUGCCCACCCACGUCGUCCUGAGCAAGGAGGAGAAGGCCGCGCUGCUUAAGAGGUACCGGCUGAAGGAGACCCAGCUGCCGCGUAUCUUGCUUAAGGACCCCAUCGCGCGCUACUAUGGUCUGAGGAGGGGCCAGGUCGUCAAGAUCAUCCGGUCCAGUGAGACGGCCGGCCGGUAUGCCAGUUACCGACUCUGCGUCUGAGCAGGCAGGGGAUGGCGCUCAGGCGUCGUGGAAGGGCAGAUUGGACACAACAGGUGCGUGGGAGAAGCAGGUAGCAGCGGUGUUCCCUUGUCGAGGGACGGGUGGGCCAGCACAGCACUGCGCGCAUGGCCUUCGGAGGUCAAAGGGGCGUUUCUUCUCGACGCGGGUAGGAAAGGGCAUCUCAAAAGGCGUUGAGGGAGUUCUCAGUCCUGUGAUUUAUUGCACGCGCCUUCCACCUCUGCUGUGGGCAGGUAGGCAGCGUCAAGACCGAGUGGGUCACACAUAGACCAUAUUGAUACAGCUUUUGAUACCACCACGCAUCGGCUGCCCUCUCGGUGAAGGUUUUGUUGGUCAUGGCAUUUGAACAUCGAGGCAUGCGCUUUCAGUGCCUGACCUCUGGGGAAGUGCUACAAACUCGAUCAACAUGGGAGGCGUCCGCGACGCUGGCUACUCCACGAGGAGGAGCCUUGGUAUGUGAUUUGAGCACCUGGUUGUGUUGCAAAUGGGGAAAUCCGC